AACUUGGGUUUUGGGGUUAGAGAGUUUGUAGUUGAAUUGGAUACGGGAAUCCCAAAGAGCUUCAUGGUGGGGCCGCCCGCUGUUCUGUGAAUAAUAAGGAAGAAUCUUCCAUCCUUGAAUAGGCAGGCAGGCUGGCAGCUCUGAGAGAAUCAUCAUUCAUCAGAGUUUGGUAAGAAACUAAGAAUAGCCUAAGAUGAGAUAAGUAGUAGGAGGGGAAGAGAGUGUUUUUGCCCAGAGCCCACAUCAUUUGUUGUUCAUGUUCCUCCUUCUCAGACAACCACAACAAUAUUCCUGGAUUUUCUUUUCAAAAGUUUGGUGCUUUCUUCUUUGCAAUUAGCUAUUGUCUGGCCAAGAACAGAAACACAUAAUGGGAAUUUGAGGAAAUUAGCAUUUUAGACAAUGGAUGAGAGUGUUUUCCCUUCUUCUAUUGUGUUGAAUACAACAUCUGAUUCCUCCUUCAUGGAUUUGGAUGAUCUACUAUUCGAGGGGUGUUGGUUGGAGACGACCGAUGGAUCUGAAUUCUUUCAGCAUAGCCCCUUCAAUGCUAAUGCGCUUUUCGAGCCUUCAUACGUGUUGCCAGAUUUAGAACCCAACAAUGGUGAAUUGAUGAAGGAAAGUGAGGUAGAAAGGAAGAAGUCUUCUCUGCCUGAGAAUUUAUCGGCAAGCCAAUUUCAUACCGAAAGAGUUCAGUGUUUUGGUCAGAAUGGCAGUAAUGCUGUCUGCUCUUCGGGACUAGCUGAAAGCUCGGAGCUGAGCAGGAGGUGGUGGAUUGGACCGAUGGCUACAACCUCGGUAAUGGACAGGUUGAUUCAGGCGCUUGGGUAUAUCAAAGAUUUCUCGAGAGACAAGGAUGUGCUUAUCCAAAUUUGGGUUCCAGUAAACCGGGAUGGUAGGCGUGUGCUUGUUACUGGUGACCAACCUUUCCAGCUAGACCUUAAGUGCCCGAGGCUCGCCCACUACAGAGACAUCUCCAUUAACUAUGAGUUCCCCGUCGAGGAGGAUUCACAAGAAAAUGUUGGGCUGCCGGGGCGUGUGUUUUUGGGGAAAGUACCCGAGUGGACUCCAGAUGUGCAGCUUUUCAAGAGGGAAGAGUACCCGCGAGUUGGCCAUGCACAGCGCUAUGAUGUUCGAGGCACCUUUGCUGUUCCAGUUUUCGAUCAAGGAAGUCGUACUUGUUUAGGUGUCAUUGAAGUUGUGUUAACCACACAGAAGGUCAAGUACCGUAAUGAGCUCGAUAGUGUCUGCAAAGCUCUUGAGGAGGUUGAUCUCAGGGGUUCUAAAAUCUCGAAUGUGAGGAAUGUGAAGACAUGCCAUAGCUACCAAGUGGUGUUACCCGAAAUCCUCGAGGUUUUGAAAUCUGCUUGUGCAACUCACAAACUGCCGCUAGCUCAGACUUGGGUCCCGUGUGUCCAACAAGGUAAAGAGGGCCUCCGUCACUCCGACGAGAACCUUCUGCGUUGCGUUUCCACGGUGGAUUCCGCUUGCUACAUUGCUGAUCCCCGUAUACAAGGCUUCCACGAGGCUUGCUCCGAGCACCACUUGCUAAAAGGUCUAGGCGUUGUCGGGAGGGCAUUCAUGACUAACCAACCGUGCUUUUCAGCUGAUAUAACGUCUUUCAGCAAGACGGAGUACCCCCUCUCCCACUACGCGAGGAUAUUCUCGCUACAAGCUGCUGUAGCUAUUCGUCUCCGGAGCACCUGCACUGGCUCGACAGACUUCGUCUUGGAGUUCUUUUUGCCCCGGGAUUGCAAGAGCCCCGAAGAACACAAAAGAAUGCUAACAUCACUAUCCAUCAUUAUACAAAACGUUUGCCAAACCUUACGAGUUGUGACCGAGCAAGAGUUGGAGGAAGAGACUACUUCGCCUUCCAGUAAAGUAGCAAAACAUUCUGAUAUUAGAAUUCAUAAAGAAGUCCCGAAUCUGAAAUAUAAUUCGUCCAUCGGGCCUUGUGAAGAAGGUUUAUCCUGGACUUCCAGUCCUAUGCUUGUCCAAGAGAGUUGCAUGUCCUCUUCAGCAUUCCAGAACGAAAAGCCGAGUGAACUCUUGUACAAAAGAUUACCUGAAUUUGUGUCGGGAUCAGGCCUUUCCUUUGACAGUACUUCUGGGGAGGGAAGCGCUCAGAACGUGAGAAGAGCGGGAGAUAAGAAGCGUAUGAAGGCAGAGAAAACAAUUACGUUGCAGAUUCUUCAGCAAUACUUUGCUGGUAGCCUAAAAGAUGCUGCAAAGAGUCUUGGUGUUUGUCCUACCACCCUGAAGAGGAUAUGCAGACAGCACGGGAUCAAGCGAUGGCCUUCUCGAAAGAUCAAGAAGGUUGGUCACUCCUUACAAAAGAUUCGACGAGUGAUUGAUUCAGUCCAAGGUGCCUCGGGUGCUUUGCAAAUCGAAACUUUCUACUCAAACUUCCCAGAACUGGCAUCUCCAAAUGUCUCGAGAUCAAAUCCAAUAUCAGAUGAACAACAUCCAAGCCUCUUAAACAGGCAGCACGAGGGUGAAAACGUAUGCCCCAACGGUUCUGCAUCCAAGUCGCCCUCCUCUUCGGGCAGCCAAAGUUCGAGCUCGAGUCAAUGUUGCUCGAGUGGAACUCAGCCAAGUCCUUGCACAUUGCAUGCUGCAGCUCCCGAAGCUGCAGCAGCUGUCAGGGAAGAAUCGGUUAACGGUGUGGUAAAGAGGGUUAAAAGCGACGCUGAGUUGCUCGUGUCAAACGAUGGACUAACGACCACCACCCUCCCGAGAUCCCAGAGUCAUGCAUCUCUUAGCGAGCACCCCAAGUCCGAGUGUCUCCCACCUACAAAAGACGGCCCGAGAGUAAAAGUCACGUUUGGGGAAGAAAAAAUAAGGUUCCGGUUGCAGAGCCAGUGGGGGUACCAAGACGUGCUGAAAGAAAUCGCUAGGCGUUUUGGCAUAGACGACCCGAGGGGGUUUCAGCUCAAAUACUUAGACGACGACUUGGAGUGGGUUUUGUUAACAUGUGAUGCAGAUUUGGAGGAAUGUAUUGAUGUUUGCAGGGCAUCACAGAACCAAACUAUCAGGCUGGCUUUCCUCUGCAAUUCUCAACACCAAUUUGGAAGCUCUUUGGGCAGCAAAAAUCCCUCGGCCUCUGGUAUAAAUAUGGUAUUUUCUUGACAUUAUAGAUAGUUUUGGAGUAGGAUUGUUUGAACUCAGAACAAUAAAGUUGACUAUAUAAACAAGUCCUGUAUGUUAAAGCUCAAUGUGAUGUUGAGAUAUAUUUGAAAUCUCUAUGGGGCUUUCUCAAACUAGAGUUCAGAAUGUGCAUAUGUUUUGUCAUUUCUUUUCCUAAA